AUGGAGUUAACCCUGCUCAUUCUGCUGGUUCUGGCGUGUAAGCCUGUUUUUGCUGCCGUGGGCGAGCCCCAGGUGUUUGAGAGUAGAGAUGAGGAGCUGGAGAGGGAGUUCCUGUACGCCGGGAGGACAAAGCGCUCAGUGGAUUCUUCCGCAGCCCAGCAGCCAGACAAAUGCUCCUACACCUUCAUAGUGCCCCAGCAGAAAGCAACUGGCGCCAUCUGUGUGAACUCCAAGGAACCAGAGGCCCUGCUGGAGAACCGCGUCAACAAGCAGGAGCUAGAGCUGCUUAACGGGGAGCUGCACAAGCAGCGUGGACAGAUUGAGUCGCUGCAGCAGCUGGUGGAGGUGGACGGCGGUGUGGUGAAUGAGGUGAAACUCCUACGCAAGGAGUCACGCAACAUGAAUGCCCGCGUCACGCAACUCUACAUGCAACUGCUGCACGAGAUUAUCCGCAAACGGGACAAUGCACUGGAGGUGUCCCAGCUGGAGAACCGUGUGCUGAACCACACGUCCGAGAUGCAGCGGCUGGCGGCGCGUUACCGUGACCUGGAACACAAGUACCAGCAUCUGGCCACUCUGGCCAGCAACCAAAGUGCUCUGAUUGGGCAGCUGGAGGAGCAGUGCCGCAGGGGAGGAUUCAGCGGAGGAGCUGGACGUGUCGUCCGUCCUCAGCCACCCGUCAUGCCCCAUGUGCCGGCCCAGCCGCGGGCGCCUCCACCCCCACCUCCGGCUCCUGCCAGGCCCUUCCACCCACCCACCAACCCACGCCACAACGGCAAUCAGAUCACCAACGAAAUACAGAGUGACCAGAACUCCAAGGCCAUGCCACCAAAAUUUCCCACAAUGCCCUCCGACACUCCCAGCCAAUCCACCACAGAUAAGCCCUCAGGGCCAUUUAAAGACUGUCUCCAGGCACUGGAGGACGGGCACACCAGCAGUGGCAUGUACCUGCUGAAACCCCAGAAUGCCAACCGUCUGAUGCAGGUGUGGUGUGACCAGAGGCACGACCCCGGUGGCUGGACCGUCAUCCAGAGACGACAAGAUGGCUCCGUCAACUUCUUUAGAAACUGGGAGACUUACAAGCAAGGUUUUGGGAACAUUGAUGGUGAGUACUGGCUAGGCCUGGAAAACAUCUACUGGCUCACAAACCAAGGCAACUACAAACUGCUGGUGACGCUGGAAGACUGGUCAGGCAGGAAGACCUUUGCCGAGUACGCCAGCUUCCGCAUCGAGUCCGAGGCCGACUUCUACAAGCUGAGGGUGGGGCGUUACCAUGGCAAUGCUGGAGACUCCCUCACAUGGCACAACGGCAAGCAGUUUACCACCCUGGACAGAGACCAUGAUGUCUAUACAGGUAACUGUGCCCACUACCAAAAAGGAGGAUGGUGGUACAAUGCCUGUGCACACUCCAACCUGAACGGCGUAUGGUACCGCGGUGGACACUACCGUAGCCGAUACCAAGACGGCGUGUACUGGGCGGAAUUCAGGGGCGGGGCAUACUCCUUAAAGAAAGUUACAAUGAUGAUACGACCCAAUCCGAACACUUUCCACUGA